AUGGCGUAUCCCGUCCUUUGGCCGAGGAAACUUUUUUUCUACCCAAUAGGCAACACGUCGCCGGUUUGCUUCACUCAGGAACUUGCGCCUGAAGUGGAUGCGGAUAUUCUCCUCCUCGCUUGUGGAGAUCCGAGGAGCAUCCUGUAUACGAUUCAUGCCGACUUAGGCACUGAAUCCAGAAAGCUGGAUUUCACCUGUUGCGAUUGGGAGCCCGCUAUCUUAGCACGAAACAUCCUCCUGCUUACGAUGAUCGUAGACGGCGUGGAGGCGGGUCAUACGUGGCCAAUUUUCUACCAUUUUUUCCUGAACCAGGCAUCCUACGAUGUUUUGCUCGCACAGUGCCGAACCCUCGUCCAAUCAUCUACUGAUAUGGCGGCCUGGAAGGCGUCGAAGUACGGGAAAUGGCUUCAUUUCUGCGAUGACUCCUCCCUUGCCCAUGUCCGUAGGCAGUGGACACUCUAUCUGGAAACAGACGCACAGCCUCGAAAGGAAAAACAAAUUUUGAAGGCAUCCUUCACGGCCGGCAUGAAAUCAGUUCUGAAGACCCAUGCGAUAGUGUCCACGGCCGGCCCUGCAGCCGGACCCCUCAUCCAUACGUAUUUUGAGAACAAUUGUCCAAACAAAAUCAAGUCAUGUUCGGAGUUUUGGUCCACUGGUGUCACCGCCCCGACAUUGUUUAAGGAUUCCGUUAACCAACACGUCAACCCAACAUUUGUUUACUCGCUCUCUGGGAAGAAGUUCAAUGUCCACUACGGUACCGACCCCAUUCGUGCGUUCCAUUUGGCACCUGCAUUCGCUCCCCUCAAGGAUGGAAAAUCACUGUCCAACGUUACCCUCGCCACUCUUGUGGAGCUCGCCAUGGCGCAGUUCUCAAGCUGGUGCUCAUCCUUCAAAAAGCGAUUGUCAAGUGCGCAGCCAAAUAUCAACGUCAGGUUUGCCGUCGCCGAAUCCCGUUCAUUCGCGCAAGCAUUGCAAUAUUGCCGCGAUAUCAAGGUUACCAAGACAGGAGUUUACGUCUCGCCUUGGGGUGGGGCCCAAAUUAAUUUUGAUACCACCCUCUACGGAUCGUCUCCCACAGCCCCGAUGGUAUUCGACGUCAUCGACACCUCGAAUGUCACAGACCAUGCAGGCCUCCUUAACAUUUUGGUGGUCACAAUACCCCUUCUCAAGGGACAGCCUUCAUCCGUCCUCUACACCGACACACUGCUGCCGCACGAAGAUGGUCAAACUGUCCAGUCAGGACUCCUUGACAAGGCAUGUGCAGACAUCCCGACGUUAGCAUUGUUGCUGGGCAUUGCUCCCACUUCUCAUCUGUCCCAUUUCACCACCAACUCCAACAAACAUCAUCUACUUGCCGCCUCUGCAGGAUCUGAUAUCAGCCAAAUCCAUGAACCCAUAGCAUGGAAAAUACCCUGUUCUGUUGUUCCAGGUAUUCAACCCGCCAGUGAUGAGUUCAAGCCCUCCAUGAUAGCAUUUGCCGAACCGAGGAAGCUGGAGGAACUACUCUUAUCCAUAUACCUGCAAAUGUUCUCGGACGAAAAUCAAAUGGAGAAUAUGCGUAACAUAGGUAACAUGGCAAGUUAUCGCAAGCAGCAUCUGCUAUGCUACCUACGGGGCACCUUCGUCUUACUUCUCCGGUUGAUCAAAGCCAGAGUCGACGUAGGAUGGAACCAAAUCAUCUCUAAUUUUUGCCUCCUUGUCGGCAGGGACCGCACACUUCUAAUGGGGCUCCAUAGCUUCCAAGAGCUGAGCUGUCAACUUCAUCUCCAUGGCAUCCAUACGCAAGACGUCUUCACGUCGGCCUAUCUCGAAACGGUCAGAACACAAGCUGACCCAUUUCGGGAUUGGAAUAUUGUUCCGCCUGUUGUUUGUAUCGUCCUGAAAGUGCCACGUCGGAAUCUCAAAGUUGUAGAAGAUAUCGAUCCAGAUGCAAUUGGCGCUCCGCCUCUGCAAUGCGAAUCAUCCGCGUUGUCGUUCCAUAACAUUCAUCCCUCAAUCCAGCUAAUUUUUGGCGACAUUCUCGUCAGCUCAGGAGGGGAUCACUCGGAAAUCGCCAUUCAGGAAGAUUUAGCAGGAUGGGAGGGCGACUCUCCAUUGAUUGUUUCGUUCUACUUACCAUCCUGGAUCUUGACAGAUGACCCCAAGAACACCCAGAUAGGUCUUCACUUCCGAAACAUACCAGCAACAAUGGCUCUCAUACCCCAACUGGGCAUGAGGCUCGCCAUAUUCUCGACCAUGUUGACGGAUAAGAAGCAUGUCCAUGUCGUGCAUCAUCGACCCAAUAAUUCUGGCGAAUUCGCCCGACUUCGACACCAGCCAGUCAUACCUAUCCUUGAGAAAAGCAAGGCAGCUCCAGAAAAUAUUGUUCUCGGAUUCGGCCCUUCUGCGACAAAAAUGCAGACUCUCACACUCAGAGACAAGAUAACUGAUCCUAAAGCCAUGCAAUCGCUCUCAGACGGUGCGACUGUCACCACAACUCCAGUCGCAGAUUGUAGCGUCCUUGUCACUUUCCAGGGCUAUCAACGAGUUUUUGUUUUCCCGUUCCCUCUUGUUACCAGCCAAUGCAAGACGAGAAUUGCCAGAAAGUCUUCCUACAUUGAGAUCGAAUGCCCAAUCAGGGCUACGUUGGAGGAAUUCGCCGCAUGUUCACUCAACCCAUUCCCGGUCGUCCUUCAUGGUCAAACUCCAAACCUUCUCAACGUCCAUUAUCUUCACUUAGACAAGCUUCCCGCUCUACGACUCCCUCAGCCUGUGGACAAACUCCAAUGGCUAUCGGUCCAUCUCGCAAUGUCGAUGUCAGAUCGCGAAAGGCAACACAACUCUGCCACCAAGGUAGAAGAUCAGGAUCUCCUUGUCGGCCUCAGAUCGAGUAUCUGCACCUUCUUCAUCCAAUUUUCUGGAUUAGAGCCGUUGAAAGCCAGGCCCAGGUUCUUCGGCUUGCAUAAUCCUGAGACAGGAAAUGGCGUCUAUACGUACAUCUUCGUGAAUGACAUCAAACUUGACCUGUCUGCCAACACAUUGGUUGCAGAUGCUUGUGUCAUUCCAUUUACGAGGGAUCUGGUGUCGAGGCUAGCGCCUAUCCUUUAUGAAAUCGGACAAGACGACCUGCCCCAUAUACCUACUUAUGAUGAAGAGACAAAGGUCUGGAAGAAACUUCUCCCUGUUUUCGUAGAACGCUGCCGAACGUGGAAACACCGCUCAACCUGCGAAUAUCUUACUGAAGGCAUACCAGCGUCCUCGGAGCUCCCUGAGACUCCACUUUGCAGUUGCGGAAAGGGAAAGGAUCUCGGAGAGUUUGGGAAAAUUCCGAAGUGGAAAGCCCUCCAUCCUGAGGCGACUCGAGUGGCCAUCUGUCUAUUGUUCACCUUCUCGUUCAUGGAAGAGGCGAUUUCGAAGGUGCGAGCGAACCUUGAGCCUUCAGACGCGGCAAACAAGAGGGCUAGCCCAUCAUCAGCGAGGUCAAUUUCGCCUGCGUGUGCCAACUGUGGCGGACCAGGAAAGCCUUCGCUCCUGACUUGCGGUCGCUGCAAAGACGCGCAAUACUGCUCUGCAACUUGCCAAAAGGCCCAUUGGAAAGCCCACAAACCUAAAUGCCGCGUCGCUGCAGCUAGAACUUGA